GUCGUAGCUUCCCAGUGGCGGCUUAAGCGCGAUGCCCAGGCGGCUCUCCGGUGCCGGACCGCGGCAUCAGAUGCCGCCCGCCGCUUGCCUGGUCCGGGCGGUCGCCUUCUUGCUGUUGGUGCAGGUCCCCGGGGCGCAGAGCCUCGGCCUCUACUCGCCCGGUGACCUGCUGGUGCAGCUGGAGACCAGGACGCUGGAACGCCGCAUCUUUAACUCCACUGGCGCCUGGGUGGUCGAGUUUUACGCCUCCUGGUGCGGCCACUGCAAAGCCUUCGCCCCGAUUUGGAAGGGGCUGGCCAACGACACGAAAGACUGGAGACCUGCUGUGAUGCUGGGAGCUAUAGAUUGUGCUGAUUUUUCCAAUAAGAACGUCUGUUAUAAAUUUGGAAUAAAGAGCUAUCCCACUGUGAAGUUUUUCAAGAAGUUCUCCCAGAAACCUGAGGAUGGCAUAAAAUUCAACAAUAAUGAAAAAACCAUUGAAUCUCUAAGAGGGACCAUAAUCACUUUAAUGGAGAGUCAUGAAGAUACUUGGCCUUCUGCCAGCCCAUCUCUGCGGCCAACAAGCGUGACGGAACUUCGUGAUUUCUUUCUGGUAAACAACGUGACUUAUUUGGCCCUGAUAUUUGAUGAGGACAACUCCUUUUUGAGCAGAGAGGUAGCAUUGGAUAUGUUUCAAUAUGAAAAUAUUGCAGUAAGGCGAGUCCUACAGAGCAAUGAAGAGCUAGUGAAGCAGUUCAACAUCACUACCUUUCCAUCUGGCCUCCUUGUGACCAAUAAUGGUUCUUGCAGAAGCAUCCCUGGGCACGCGGAUUGGAGAUCCCAGUAUACUAAUUUUCUGCGGAACUUAUCUGGAGUCUUUAGACGAGAUAUUUUCAUACCAACGGUGUCCCCCACUGCACAGUCAACAAUGGCUUUUACAGUUUGGAAGGUGGCAGACCAGAAAAAGAUAUACAUGGCUGAUGUAGAAUCUGCAGUACUUUAUACCCUAAGGAGAGAGGCUGCAGUAUUCUCCAACCUUGAGGGAGAGCAACUCUCCACUUUGAAGGACUUCUUGUCUGUUUUGGUCCAGCAUUUUGCUGGGCGGUUAGUAGUCAAGAAUUACCUUUACAACCUGGAUUUGUGGCUGAGACCAAAGACAAACAUUUCACGGAGUGAAUGGGAGGACGCUCUAAGGAACAAAAAGGAGUUUCCAAAUGCCACGUUACCUGAAAAAACUCACUGGAUAGGAUGUCAAGGAAGCAAAUCUACACCCCGGGGUUUUUCAUGUGGACUCUGGACUCUCUUCCAUCACCUGACUGUUCAAGCAGCAUGUCAAAAACAGCCUACUUCCUUGGGUACACCUGAAGUUCUUCCUACAAUGAGAAGAUACAUCCGCAAUUUUUUUGCUUGCAGGGAUUGUGCAGAACACUUUGAAGCGAUGGCAGCUGAGUCUAUGCAUGAAGUGAAGAACAGGGAUCAGGCUGUCCUGUGGCUUUGGUCAAGGCAUAACAGAGUCAAUGCUCGCUUGGCAGUUACAGAAACCGAAGAUCCCAAAUUUCCCAAGAUCCAGUGGCCUCCCAAAAGCUUGUGUCCUUCAUGUCAUUACACCUCAACUGAUGGGGGAAAGUCUAUGUGGGAUGAGAAUCGAGUCUUGAUGUUUCUCAAGUGGCAUUUUUCUGAAAAAAACAUUUACAUGGAUUCUCCCCUAGAGCAUCACAGAAGAAAUGGUCGAAAUGUUGCUCAACAAAAUCAUGAAGGUGAACGGAAGCUGGAAGGGGGAGGAAGAGGAGAAGAGGAUGACCAAGGCAAUCAAAAGGAACCAGAUGAAGAGAAGAAGGCAGAGCAGCUAGCGGCAGGGAAAGUGGAAAAGAAGAAAUAUGGUUUGGGAAAACCUGGUUCUCCAGAGUGGCAUAAACCAAGCAUUGUCAAGAUGAGCACAAAGGCAAAAGAAAUGGUGGAGGAUAUUGUUGAUCUUGAUACAUUUAGUGAGCAGCAUUUUAAGAGCAAAGCCUUGAAGAUGGCAAGACAGAUUAGCGACAGAGAGAGGCGGACUAAGAGGGACACUCGGCUGUUCCUGAUGGAGAAUGAGGGCCACCGCUCACUUGAUUAUAUUAGAGAGUCCCUGAGGCACAAGAACUUGGGAGCCAAACAGUUCUCUGGCAUCCAAGUGGAAAAAGAGAAUACUUUGAGGGGAAAACAGUGGAUCUAUAUUCUGGGAAUGGGUUUCUCCCGGUUGGAUGUCAGCUUGUGUGUGGUCUUGUAUUUGCUUUCUUCUGUCUGCCUGUUGGGCAUGUACACCUUCUUCCGUAUGCGCAUGGGUUACCGCAAGGCCCGGUUAGGCUACUCAUUGACAUGAAAUUGAAGCAGAGGUACAGCAGCCAUUAGGUAAUGGAAGGGGCAUGUGCAUAUCAGUUUUAUGUGGUGAUCUUUCACUAAACUAACAAUUCCUGUACUGAAUAUACACAGAUGAAAAAAAUACACAGAUAAUAUAUUGGUUAUGAAGGAUGCAUAUCAGUAGAGUAUACUAUUGGACCUCCUAAAACAUAUAGAAAUUGCUACUUCUAUAUAAGAAAGAGUACCUAGUGAGCAGACUGGUCUGUUUUAUCACAGUUGCUAGAUCAUUUAUAUAUAUUUGUGAUUCUGUACCAGAAUAAAAUAGCUGAGUGUAGUGACAAAAGGGGCAUGGAAUCAUAUUUCAGAGCACACGGUGACAGGCUGAUUUUCUGAGGAAUUGGGGGCUCUUUAUUGUUUUGGUUUGUGGUGGUGGGAGAGGAUUAAUAAACAGAAAUGAUUCAGAUCUCAUUAGAUAAAUGUAGUACGAUCCUCUUUUCAACAGUCAGAACGUAACACAAAAACUGUUGCUGUUUUAAGAGAGAGAAAAAGCACGACAAGUUUAGGACCAGCAACAAAGUUGUAUUUCUGAAAUCUUUGUGACUUGUGUCUUGAGGUAUGUCCAAGCCCUGUAACAUUGUGAAGAAACCUUAUGGUCUAGGUAUACAAGCAGCCUAAAAUACUGUGCUGGAAGAUCUCUUGAACUUUUAAUCUGUUUUCCAAAGCUUCUGUGCCACUAUAAAAUUACCCUUAGUAAAACCAGAUAUGUGCGUUGUUUGCAAAUGGUGGUAAUCACGCAAACAAAAAAGAAUUAGGUUCUCCCUUCCAUAGCCAUCUAAAAUAUAAAUUGAGGGAGUUUUCUAGCCCUUCUGUAUGACUUCUUGGGGUCCUGCAUAGAAUAUACUUAGUGCUAUACGUUGCAUGUAUUUCCCAUGCAGCCCAGCUUCUUCCCUUGAUCAGAUGACAGAAGGCAAAACAGCCCUUAAGAUUUUUGAACUUGAACUCGUAGUGUAAAGAAUUAAAGGCAGCUGGCAACAAGUUCGGGUCAAGACUGUGCAGUGGAAUAGAUAGAUCAGUAUGAGUCAAAACCUCCUAACCAGGGCAGCAGUUUUUACUAGCUGCUAUCUUUGUUUCAGUCAUUUUGCUGCGUCCUUUCUCUUUCUCUCCAUAUCCUGGUAGCUUCAGCUUUGAUGUCAUUCCCCUUUCUAUCCUACCCUGUAAACUUACAUCUGUUCUAGUUUUUUAACCAGGUGAUCUUCAUAUUUUACUUAAUAGGAGAGAAGAAGUGUAAGCAAAGAUGAAUUUUUAGGAGUGUAUCUAUCUCUCCCUGAGCCAUGAGUUGAUGAUUUUUGAUAUUAUUAGAAUUAUCUCUGUUGGGGCACCUGCAUUCAACUGGAAAGAGUUCUGGAGGAGGGGAAAUUAAUCAGGACCUCUAAGGAUCCUUUUGGCCAUUAGUUUAAUUGCUGAGGAUUACUUUCCAAUUGUUUUUCAGCUGCCUCAGUGUGGAAAGAAAUAGCCUAGUCUUGUUUAAAAAAAAAGAAGUUAUUGAUAAGUCAGAUAAAGAGUUAAUCUAGCAAGAUUUCUUCACUGGGGAAGAAAGAUAAGACUUUAGAAGGUAAAAGACAAAUAAUACGCCUAGCUGUCUAAUAAAGACAUUGUAAACUCCUAUUCAUUGCAGUUAUCUGGUGCCAUUACCCUAGGAUGAACAACGAAUUCUGGGAGUUGAAAUCCACAGAUUGUAAAUUUACCAUAGUUGCCUAUCCCUAUACUAGGAGGAAAGUAACUAGUCUAAAAUGUUGUAUCUUGACAAAACAUCCAAAGGGAAUUAAUCACUAGCAUCCCUCAAUUUUUUAGAUUUUUCCAGCUUAUCAGGAAUUGGAUUUCUUAUCUGGCUGAGAUCAGAGAAAGCCAUGGUCUGAAUUUUAGGAUCAUAUUGAGCUUGGUUUGGGAACUUGAAUAAUUUAAUCCAAUCUUAGAUAGCUGGGAUCUAUAAUGCUGGUGUCAGUUAGUUGAAAUGACCAGUAUUUCUCUCUCUCUUUUUCAAAUAAUCUUACUAAAAAUUACAAGUAGGAAAAAUAAAAACUAAUAACAAACUAUGAAAAAUAGAAAAAUAGAAAAAAAUACAAAAAAGAAAGAAAGGAAAAACAGAAAUAACACUCCCCUUCACCCUGGCAAGUAAAUACAAUUUCAAUAGUUUAGUACUAUCUCUCAGUACAUCUACUCUAUACACUCACAACUCAUUUCUUCACUAGAAAACAAAAUUCAAAAGCUUUGCCAUUUGUUCUUUGUCAUCAAAAGUCCAGUAAAGGAAACCAGGUAUAACUAAUUUUCUAUUUUAUCCUUGAUUGAAUAAGACAACACUGAAUUUUUAACAACCUUAGGUUUUAAACCCUUUAAAUAUAGUCCCAGACUUUAAUAGGUCUCUUUUGUAAGUCCAAUAAGGAAAAAAUUAUUUUUAUGGUUUAAUUGUGCAUCAUUUGGCAGUGAAAUAUCCAUCAGUUUCAUUUGCAUAUUCAGUAUAUCUUUAUAUAUAUUUUCUGCCUGAAACAGUUAAGUCCACAUUUUAAUUUCAUAUUUAUCCAUUGUAGGUUAUUCUUUUUGUGUAACUUCAUUGUCCCAUGUUCCAUCAUAUCAAAUAGCUUUGAAGACCAAUAUUCAAAAACAUACAUUAAGGCUUGUUGCUCCAUUAUUUAUUUCUUUGUUAACAAAAUAAAUGUAUUAUCCUCUAGCUUCCUCUGGUGCCAAACCUUCAAGGUCCCAUUAUCAUGUUUCCUCUUUAAAAAGCCCAAACAAUCACCAAUUCUCGCAAGAAGAAUUUUUCUAAUUAAUUCAAAAUUAUAAUUCCAGGGCUAUCUGGACUUUUAAUCCUUGUUACCAUUCUAAAAUCAUAUUCUAUAUAUCUUUUUGCUGUUUAAUUCAAAAGUUAAUAUUUUUCCAGAGCCUUUAAAAUGACAUUUAAAGCAUCUUUCUCCAAGGAGAAAGCAACUCAAUGAAUACAGCAAAUAUUUUCAGGACAAUAAAAGAAAUAAUUCAAAAAGUGAUUAAGAAAUGAGGGCCAGGCAGGCUUUAUGUCUUUAAAAGGCUACUCUACAAGUAUGAGCUUGAUAAUUCAGUAUCCCUCCACUCUAGCCACUCAACAUAUAAGCUGACCACAAAACAACCUUUCCCUGUGAUCUACUCACAAGGAGGAGCUAUCUGGGGUCACAUGGGUUAUCUCAACAAUCUCUCCUUCCUCCGGAGAGAUUUUGCUGGUCAUUCAGCAACAAAUUUCCUUGUACACCUGGUCCUUCUGCCAACAGCAUGUUUCUCAAUCUCAGGAACUUGCUGUCUGGACUUCAACUCCCAGAAUUCACUAGCCAGCUUGCUGAGGUUGAGAAACACUGGCCUAGACUAAAUUUCAUUGGACCGUAAUAUUUCAAAUGAUAAGAACUCUGAUAUCAUUUAAUGCUGUAGAAUAUUUAAGGCUUCCCUUGGUACAAUGGCCUUUCUAACAAUUAUGUGCCAUAUGACUAUGUGUCUGAGGUAAUAGUAUGGUUAAAAAUAGAGAAAUGAAGGGUCAGUAAAAUUACUACCCCCAAUUAAAAUGUUAUGGUCUGUGGGUCAAAGACUUAACUAAAUGUUUACUAUGAAUCAUAUUUGCACUAAAUGAGAAACACUAGACUUUCACAGGUAGCAUAUAGUUCAGACCAGCCUGGUUCCAUAUUGUAGAAAAAAAUUUCUGAGAGUUUUGAAAUACAGCUUUUUGAUAGAACAAGAUAUUUCUUUAAUUGUAAAUUGCCACUGCAUUCUCUUAUGUUUGUUUACAGGUGACAAUAAGCACCAGAAUUAUAUUUCUUUUGUUUAAUAGUUGUAUGGGUGGUCAAGGUAAGAUGUACUCUAUACUCUAUAUAAUUCAAAUUAUAUAAAUAUCUUUCAUAGGCUCUGUGAUAAAAAUGAUGCUACCAUU